AUGUCGGUGGCAACUGGUUGGAAAAUAUUGGUCGUUUUGGCCGUUUUCGCACAGUUGUUCGUGACCGCGGGGCCCCUGUAUAACUACAAUGUUUUCUUUGUAAGGUUCCAAGAUGAGUUUCAAACGAGUGCAGCUGUGACAGGGUGGUUGGGAUCAUUGAGUUCGUCGCUGCUCUGUGCAUCAUCUCCCCUCGCUGCAGUCAUUGGCUCCAAAAUCGGCAAUCUUCGCCUUUCGGUCCUCGGCGUCGUCCUGGCCUUGUCUGGUUUCAUGUCGUCGUCAUUCAUAACCUCGCUAGGCCACGGAUACCUGACUCUGGGCAUCAUGGCGGGCCUGGGGGCGGGCUUCGCUCACUUUGCAGCUGGUAGUCUGCUGUUGGAUUGGUACUCGGACCAGCCAGAGAACUGCCGCGCCACGGGAAGUGCAUUGCUUGGAAGCUCAGUUGGUGUCAUGGUUUUUGGGCCUGUGCUCAAUACUCUCAAUGCAUCGUGUGGAUGGAGAAACUCAUUCAGAAUUCUAAGUGGCGUGAUGCUCCUCGUCGGUCUAGCGUCGGCACUGACUUUCUGGAAGUGCAACAAAGUAAGACAAAGCAGCCAAAAUGAAGAGGAAAAAGCCGCUAGGGAGAAGACUUCAUCCCACUAUACUAAGGAGAUGAUUGAUGGGUCUAGCUCUACUAAGGGGAAGAAAGACAGCAUCACCCCAGAAGACGAGAGAGCUACAUUAACCACAGUUAAUUCAUUCAACGAUCCCGAGACGAUACCUGAAUGGAAGGAAGUCACUGUCAUCCUCGAAAAUGAGACAGUAAUCAAAAAGACGGCUCAAAAUGGCGAAGACAAGAUACCCAAAGAGUCUGAUGUGUCUGAAGGGGAGAAAGAGACUACCCGCCGGAAUGAUGAGACAGUUAUCCAUAAGACGUUAUCUUACGAUGGCGAUAAAACGAUUUCUGAAGAGUCAGAUACUUCUGAAGGAAAGGAAAACACAAUCAGCCAGGACGAUGAGGAAGCCCCAAAAGAGACCUCAUCCAACUGCAGCAAACAACCACUAGUAGGAUCUGACUCCUCAAAAUGGAAGAAAGUUGCCAUUGGCCAAGACGAUGAGACAGCUAUCAAAAAGAGCUCAUCCUACGAGCGCGAAAAGACAUUUAAAGUUUAUGACAACUCUGACGGCGAAAAAGACAUCAUCAGCCAAGAAGAUGAGACGGCUUCCGAAGAGAUAUCGUCCAACGUUUGCGAGAAGAUAUUUGCAGGACCUUUUGCCUCUGACAGGAAUAAAGACGCCACUGGCUUGUCCAGAGUGGCAACUACCAGAAAGUGUUCAUCCAAGGAUCUCGUUGAGAAUACGUCUGGAGCAUGCUGGUUUGACGCAUCUGACUAUCGGAAAGAAAUCAGUGACAGUAAGUUCCGAGUGCUCUUGGAUGUAGAGGUGUGGCUCUGGGUUAUGAACAUCACAUUCGCACAGAUUGGCUGGUCAUUUGUAAUUGUGAACUAUUCCAGCUUCAUGGAGAGGAACGAGCUAUCCACCGAGCAGAUCUCCUUUGUUUUAACGGUGUUUGGCGCUGCGGAAGUAGCCGGCAAAAUCGCCUUCGCCAUGUUUGGAGAUCGCUUGCCCUGUCUGAAGAUGUACGUGACAGUGACGUCCUCGUUUUGUGGCGCUGUUGUCUCAGCCUUCCUGACGCUCUGUUCAACUUUUCAGCAGAUGAUGUGCUUAUCAGUCGAUAGAUAG